AUGGAGAACUCGGAAAAGCCAGUGGUUCCGGCCGUUGAUGCGCUCCUCACUGACUCUUCGCCCCCUGACCUUGAACACGCAAACCACAAUGCCAAUACUCCUGAGCCGUUGGUGCAAUAUGAUGGCUCGCGGAGGAAACCGCUUGCCUUUUAUAUGUCGUUUCUAACUAUCAACAUUAUGUGCUUUCUUGUUUCAAUAGACGCUAACAUCCUUGGUGUUGUGAUACCGGUCAUAGCCCACGAGCUUAACGGAACUACACUGGAGGCUUUCUGGGCCAGCAUAGCAUUUUUGCUUGCGGAACGUCCAAAGUACAUCGGAUAUCUGUUUAUCCCGAUGCUGGGAGGCACAAUUCUCGGUCCCAUCCUUGGAGGUGUCUUCAGCCAAUUCGUAACGUGGCGGUGGAUUGGGUGGAUCAAUCUUCCUCUAUCAGCUCUAGAUCUUCUCCUGGCGUUGCUUUUCUUAAGUCUGAAACCUAUUAAUCUAACGUUCCGGGAGAAGAUGCGUCGACUUGACUGGGGCGGUAUGGCUUUGUUCACCGUCGGAUGCACGCUAUUCGCGUCGCCGGUUGCCUGGGCCGGUGCCAUGUUCCCGUGGUCUUCCUAUAAGACAUUGAUUCCGCUGUGCUUGGGCGCUGUAGUGUUGGCCAUAUUUGCAUGGUACGAAUCACGACCCAUCGAGCCCGUCUUUCCAUAUCGAAUCUUUAAGAGCCUCACAGCGUCUAUGGCACUCCUUACAUCAUUUUUCCAUGGCAUGAUUACUUAUAGUGUUGUCAUGUAUACCCCAUUAUUUUUCCAGGCCGUAUAUUUGGACAGCCCGUUACAAUCUGCCGUCAUCUGUCUCCCACUUUGCUGCAUUUCCGCCGGUUUCGGUCUGUUCUCAGCUAUCACAGUGGAAAUAAUUCGCAAGUACCGGCUGCUUAUUUGGACUAGCUGGAUCCUGGCUGCAGUCGGCGUGGGAAUUUUCAGCCUCUUAGACCGUUCUUCCACCCUUGCGGAUAAAGCUUCCCUUCAGGCUAGCUUGCCGAAUGCAGACGACAUGGGUCUCGCUGCCGGAAUCCUAGUCUCUUUCCGACUCUUUGGCGGGCUUAUCGGCUUAGCUAUAUGCUCUACAGUGUUCAACAACGUUUUCGGGUCUCAAAUCGACUUGCUUGGACCCUUGCCGGGUGGCCUGGCUAUCUUGAAUGAUGUACGGGAGGCGGUCGGCCUCGUACCACUUUUGAGGGAUCGAAAUAUGACAGCCGAGUUAUUGGAUAAAGUGAUUGAGGCAUAUAGGAUGUCUGUCUCUGCCGUAUUUUGGACGCUUGCGGGGAUAGCUGGGGUAGGAUUCUUGCCUUCUCUGUUAAGUAAAGAGAAGUCAUUGGAAAGUGAAGAGCUGGGAAAGCAGCAACUAGAAGAAAAGCGAUAA